AUGAGUCCGAAAAGCGUAUCCCCGACGCCGCUCCUUUCCGAAAAGUACAACGGAAUCCCAGCUAGGCUGUUUGACAAGGCCCAAGAAACAAAAUCUGCGAUCUUCGAUAUAUCCACCAAAUCCGAAAACAGUAGGACGAAAGUGGCCCUCCCGCAAGGCAUCAAUCAAGUCACCUUUCGUACCGCAAUUGCAGAACUCCGCGAUCGACUAGGAGAAGAACAUGUAGAAUUUGUGACAAAACUAGAUGAUGGAUGGUAUAUGGAAAACCCAAAUACCCACGAUGGAAUGCAUAUCUCUGAAGAAAGUGACUUCGUCGCAUCCGUGGUAGUUUACCCCAGCAGCACCGAGGAAGUCCAAACAAUCGUGCAAUGGGCGAACAGCUAUCGCAUCCCCAUUUCCCCGAUCUCAAUCGGUCGAAACUACGGCUACGGAGGCGCAGCCCCACGCGUCCGCGGGGCAGUCGUACUCGAUCUCGGUCGGCGAAUGAAUCGAAUCCUCGACAUCAACCCGGACGACUGCACCUGUCUUGUCGAACCGGGCGUGACCUACUUCGCUCUAUAUGAAGAGAUCCAAGCGCGGGGUUUCCAGCACCUUUGGGUAGACGUCCCCGAUAUUGGAGGCGGGUCGGUCUUGGGAAAUGCACUUGAUCGUGGAGUCGGGUAUACUCCUUAUGGAGACCACUGGAUGAUGCAUUGUGGGAUGGAGGUUGUGCUUCCAACUGGUGAGGUUAUUAGGACUGGCAUGGGUGCUUUGCCGGGGAAUAAUAGCUGGCAGCUUUUCCCUUACGGCUUUGGUCCUACUGCUGACGGAUUGUUCUCUCAAUCGAAUAUGGGAGUCGUGACGAAGAUGGGAUUUGGAUUGAUGCCCAAUCCUGGUGAUCAUGAGAGCUAUCUUUAUACAUUCCAACGAGAAGAGGAUCUCAGCCAAUUGAUUGACAUAAUCCGACCUCUUAGAAUCGCCAUGAUUCUGGAGAAUGUUGCACAGCUCCGCCACAUUAGUAUGCAAAUUGGACUAGAGGGAAGACCCCGAAGCUUCUAUUACAACGGGAAAGGGCGUGUCCCAGACUCAUUCAUCCACGAAGCUGCGCAGAAACUCGCCCACGGCGACUGUACCUGGUUAUACUACGGCAUGGCCUAUGGACCCAAAGAAAUCCGGCAGUACAAACUCGACAUAAUCCACAAGGAAUUCAUGAAAAUCCCCGGCGCCAGACGAAUCGACCCUUCCACUCUGCCCGCAGAUAACUAUUUCUGGGUUCGCGACCGGAUUGCCUCCGGCGUACCGGAUAUCGAAGAGCUACGCUGGGUGAACUGGCACCCCAAUGGAGGACACGUUGCCUUCAGCCCUGUAUCCCCCGUCCGCGGGAACGACGCGACGGCACUAUGGGACAUUGCGCAGCAGCGAUGCGAAGAGUAUAACCUGAGACCUCUUUCCCACCUUUGUCAGAUUGUGUUCAACCGCGACGAUCCGGUCAUGCGAGAUAAUGCGCGUGCAUGUCUGCGCGGAAUGGUUGAUGACGCUGCGAAGAGGGGAUACGGCGAGUACCGCACCCAUCUUGCCUUUAUGGAUCAGAUUGCGGGAACGUAUAACUGGAAUGACGGCGCAUUACUCAAAUUCAACGAGAAGAUCAAGGAUUGUCUGGAUCCCAAUGGGAUCAUGGCUCCAGGUAAAUCGGGAAUCUGGCCCGCGCGGUAUCGUGGACGGGGGUGGGAGAUGAAUGCACAGGACGAGUCCUCUGAAGGAAAUGGGGUGAAUCCGAGUCCUGGGACGAUGAGGCUGUAA